AUUUUUUACAAUUGGGGGGUCGACUCAUAGUUGUUAAAGUUGGGUUAUUAUGUAUCAUCGUGGGUUGUGGUGUUGUUGUUGGCAUCCUUGUUACAAACUAUUUUCAGGAAGCAAGGCUACAGUGGACAUCUCCUCGCUGAGUUGGCCCUGUUCUCAUUUGGGACCGUUUCUUCAAACCAUUCACUCCCGAUCUACCCAAGCUCCAGUAAGUGCCUCCUUAGAAUGGGACGAUAAACAUCAAGAUCAGCUGGAAAGAAGGGAACCAACUUCACAACCUAACUCAUCUUUGACCACCAACGGUCUCUCACAUUCUUAUUUGCCUCCUUAUCAACGACCCCAAGGCGAUCCCAGUUUGUGGAACGCUGAUAGUUUAGUUGUAAGAGAGGAGCAAAAUGGAGUCCAUGGCGCGAAUCAUUUCAACUCAUCUUCAUAUUCUGAUGCUAAUCACUGUGAAUAUCAAGAAACCGCUGAAGCGUCUCUUUCUUCUAUCAACGGCGCUCAUCAGACUUCGUAUACUUCCCAUGAGACUAUGACAACUCAAAGUAUCUCCUAUCAUAACAACAACAGUAAUAAUAAUAAUACUAUCUCAAUAUCGUUAUCGACUAGCCAUUCAGACAGUUCCCAAUCGGUGCUAUCCGCAUUGAAUCACAAGUUUCGAGGACAACAACCGGAAUCUUCAGACUUGGCAAAGUUCAUAGCACAUGAGUCAGGGAAGUAUUAUGAUUUAUCUAAAAGCUAUCGCCAUAUCCGACAAGAAAAUGCUUACGUGCAUGCCUUUUUGAAGACACGCAUAGAUUGUCCCAACACCACCGUCAUUUUACCAGAAACGGUAGGAAAAGAUCGCGUAUUUCGGUUUAAAGAAAGAAAUGUUGCCAAUCUUUUCGAUACCAAAGCUGUGGUGAAUAGAGAAAGUAGUUUGCGUGGGAACGUCUCUGAUUCCAGUCAGUUGAGUAGCAGCAGCUAUCAUAGUAAUGGCACUAGUAGUAGUGUUAGUCAUUCUGGAACUACGGGAAAUAAUGCAUCGGGCAAUGGAAGAAAAAAGAAUCCACCUGGAAGAUUAGUAACUCAACGCAUAUUAGAAGAAGAAGCUGAUCAAAAGGAAAAAGUUCAAAAGGAAUUUGAAGAAAAGGUUCGAGAUGUGUUGAAGAGGAAAGGAAAGUUUUCAUUGGAUGAAGAAACAGCAAAGCAAUUGAUAAAAGAGUAUAGUAGUAAAAAGUUGGCUUCUAGACAAAGCACCUCAAAAGGUUCCACUAUGGAAGAAAGCAAAAAGGUGAAGCAAUCAUCAGAUGAAGAAGAACAACUUUAUCCACAAGAAAUUCCCAAGAAUAAGAAGGAAGAUUCUUUAGAACUCAAUGCACUUGAUGAACUAAGAGCAAGACUGAAGCAAGUGGAAAAGAAACCAAACUUUACCAAUUUGGUAGAUAUAUCACAAUUAGUUAAAGUAUUUCCUCAAGAUCAUUGGUCUGCAGAACAGGUGAAUCGUUUAGCAUUGUUUAUUCAACAAACACAUGGACUUUCUGCAACUACUAGAAUGGAAAGACUCACCAAGUUCAUUCAUCAACUGAAUGAAGAAGUACGCAAAAGUCAAGAACAGAAACCUUUAUUGGAAACCAAAAGAAGUAGAGGUAGAAAACCUUUUCAAGGGUCUAACAAUAAUAAGAAGCAAACGACCAGUGCAAAUAGAAAACAAGGAAAGAAAUAGUGCUUGCCUUGACUACUCUUUCAUAUUCUUUAUUUCUCAACAAAGAAAAUCAAUGUUCCUUUUAAGACUAUUCUGAUAAAGAAAGAAAUAAAUGGCUCAUGAGUUGAUUUGUA